CUUCACAUUAGUCAUGCGUAUCGCACGUGUUCUUGUUGUUUUUAUAUAUUUACUUGUCGUAAACAUAGACGGGAAAAGAUUCGAAACAAGAUGCAAACUGGUACGUGAAUUGAUACGUAUUGGUUUACCAAAUGACGUAUUCCUCGGACAAUGGGUUUGUUUGAUAGAAAAAGUGAGUAACAGAGAUACGAGAGCAAUGGUUGUAACACCCAGUGGUAGAAAAUUCUAUGGAUUAUAUCAGAUUCCAAGUCGAUGGUGCAGAGAAGGGAAAAAAGGUGGAGAAUGCAAUAUAACUUGUGAAGCGCUUUUGGAUGAUGAUAUUCUUGACGACACAGCCUGCGCCAUGGAUAUAUUCCACAAGGAGGGAUUUAAAUAUUGGACGCAGUGGACGAUAAGGUGCAAGAACGAUAACCUGAUAACAAACGAAAUUUACAAAUGUCCGGAUCUGCUCGGAAAAAAACCACAGUCAGAAUUAUUCUGGAACAGAAUGAAACGUGUGAUAGCUAGAAGUACUACGAAUCAAUCCACUCCUGAUGAUUAUUAUACAUUUUAUUGGAUAAAUUGAAGAUUGUAU